ACGCUAGCGACAUAGUGGCUAUACGGCGAUACCUCAACGUCAAAAAAUAGAUAUUUGGCGUGACGGGCCGCCACAGUAACAUCCAUAAAAACGCGCGCCAGAAUAUUCCGACUAGCCAUACCAUCACAACAGUGUGCAGAAUCUUGCAGUUUUGCUCAUUCGGUUUUGUUGUGUAACAGACGUAAAUUAGGCAGAGAGCAGAAAAAACCACAUUACACCAUCCCCAGACCGUGUUACUUAGCAAAGGAGCGAGUUUCUGACAACCAGAAUGGAUGCAUUUUUAAAAACCGGAAAGCUCUCCAAUCAACCGAAGGAAAGUGGAACAUCCUCGGCUUCUGAGUCUCUACAACGGAAACGAGGUUCCUUAAUACCUUGGGUGGAAAAAUACCGUCCUAGAACAAUCAAUGAAGUUUCAUACCAAGAGGAAGUAGUUGCUGUACUUCAGAAAUCCCUUCAAGGAGCUGAUCUUCCUAAUCUCCUGUUCUACGGUCCUCCUGGUACUGGUAAAACUAGCACAAUAUUGGCAGCUGCUAGGGAGCUGUUUGGUGACAUUUACAAGGAGAGAGUUUUGGAACUGAAUGCAUCGGAUGAACGAGGUAUUCAAGUUGUAAGAGAAAAAGUAAAAAAUUUCUCCCAGAGGACUGUUAGCUCAAUGAGACCUGAUGGAAAACCAUGCCCUCCUUUCAAAAUCAUUAUUUUGGACGAAGCCGAUUCCAUGACAGGUGCUGCACAGGCGGCUCUUCGUCGUACAAUGGAAAAGGAAACGAAAUCUACGCGAUUUUGCCUUAUCUGCAACUAUGUUAGCCGAAUAAUAGAACCGUUGACAUCACGCUGCUCCAAGUUCCGGUUUAAACCAUUGCCUCGCGAUAUUCUGGUAAAAAGGUUGGGCGAAAUAUGUGAAUUUGAAAGUAUGGCUUGUACAGGAGAAGUUUUGGAAAGUUUGAUUGAAGCAUCUGAAGGAGACCUACGUAGAGCAAUAACUUUUCUUCAAUCAAUCGCAAACGUGACAGUGGAAGCAGGCCCAACCAUUGAAGAUAUUCAUGAAAUUACUGGCAGGGUACCGAACCACUGGAUCGAAGGCUUACUGGAAAAAUGUGCUACCGGAUCAUAUGAUACGAUCCAAUCAUAUAUUUGCAAAUUCUCGGCCGAAGGAUUUUCAGUUUCUCAGCUUCUUAAUCAGUUGCAUGAACGAAUCAUCUUUUCAACCGAGUUUUCCGCAAAACAGAAGAACUUGAUUUGUGAAAAAGUGGCGAUUUGCGAUCAUCGUUUGGCGGAAGGAGCUGAUGAACAACUUCAGUUGUUGGAUCUUAGCUGUACUAUUAUGAUUUCUUAUCAAUAGAUGUUUACAAUAAACCAACUCUGGCGGCAA